AUGACUUCGUGUUUAUUUUUGGAUCAAUUUCCCGUUGAAAUAAUACACACACUAUUUAAUUAUAUACCUGUUCCUGAACUUUAUCGAACUUUUUUUAAUAUUAGUGAUUAUAUCAAUGCUGUUCUUUUGCGUUAUCCUAUCACUAGAGUUAAUUUAAAAUUGUGUCUACCAUAUCAUGUUGACUUUAUUUGUCGUCACAUAAAACCUGAUCAAAUCCUGUCACUUACACUUUCUGAUGAUAUCGAUAGAAGCGGUCAAUCAGAACUUUUCUUUUCGUAUUUCCAUAUUGAACAAUUUACACAGCUUCGAUCAUUGACAUUGAUUAACUUAGAAAAUAACUUUUUUGAAAUUAUCAUUUCAAAUUUAAAUAAUCUUCAUCGUUUACGUUCAUUCUCAUUGGUUACUACAGAAUAUUAUCGUAGUAUCGACAAAGACUAUAGACUACGAUUUGUAGCAAUGAAAAAUCUUCUAUCGAAUGCUUGUACAAAUUUCUUAUCACAAUUAACACAAUUAACUUUAUUUAACAUUCAAGAAAUGACAUUAAAACCAUUUGCUCGCCUUCGUCAUUUAAAAAUCUCCGAAUGUUCAACAAAGGAAUUGUCAAGGAUUUGUUCGGAAUUGUCAAUAUUGAAGUCUUUAGAUGUUUGUUUACAAGGUGAUUCAAUAACUAUGCUAGAUAUUUCUCAAUUAUCAGCAUUGACUCAGCUUCGUUUGAAAAUGGAUGGAUGGAAAAAUAAAUCGUUAUUGACGAACUUAGUGAAGGAUUUUCUACCUCAUUUAGUUCAACUAAAACAUUUCGAAUUGGAAAGCGAUCUUUGGAAUAGCUUGGACGAUGGGACACGAUGGGCGAAUUUGACAAAAUCACUUGUUACAUUUAACUUUAAGUUCAAAAUACGAUUUUUAUUGGAAAAUUUGAAUUCAUUUCGAACACCAUUUUGGCUUGAAGAAAAAAAAUGGUUUGUAGUUUAUUUUAACGGAGAUCUAUGUACUAUUCCUCGUUUUGCCCCAGUAAAAUAUAAUACCAAUGGCCAAUCAUUCGAUAUGUCAAACUUAUCGAGCAAUACGAUUCUCCAUCAACAUAUUACUGAAUUGACAGUAUUAACAGAAAUCUUUAAUCCAAAUCAGUAUUUUCCUAAUAUAAAAGUUCUAAAAAUGAAUUGUUCAGUUCGAAUGGAAAGAAUGUUCAAUGCAAUUAGUUUGAAUAAUGUUAAACACUUGAUUUUAUCAUCAAGUUCUAGUAUAGCGAUGCUUCUAUUGAUGUUACCUGUGAUGCCACUUCUCGAUGAAUUAACAAUUGCAGGACGUUUAGUUCCAAUUUUAAUCGAACAUUUACAAGAUAAUAUUAUCGAACAAAUACGAACUCUUAAUUUGCAUUUUUGUUAUUUCGAGAAAGAAUCUAUUACGAAAAUGUUAUGCCAACAUUUUCCUUGUAUUAAAUAUUUAAAUGUAUCGCUUAUUAAUUCAACAAAUGAUAUCAUUGUUUUUAUUCAACAAUUACCAUAUCUAGUAAAUGCAUCGCUCGGAAUGAAUUCAUUGCUGAAAAAAGAAAAAGAAAAAAAUUGUAAAAGAUUAAAAAUGACUAUUGAUAAAAAAUACAGUUGUCAGGUUGUUCAUUCAUCGAAUCAAAAUACGUUUUCAUUUGUUCAUAUAUGGCUAAUUGAUGAUUAUUUUCUCGCACACGAAAUUCUUAGUAGUUUUUCUGAUGUUAGUGAUUAUGUCAGUGCUGCUCUUCUCUCCUAUUGUGAAUAUCGAUUGGAUUUGAAAUCAAUAGACAAUGGUCAAUUGAAAUUAAUUUUUCAACGAAUUCGACCUGAAAAAGUCGUUUCAUUGACAUUAUCCCGUGGUAAUGAUGGAUCUCAUCUUUCUGUAUAUUUAUUAUCUUUGUUUCGACUUGAACAAUUCAUUCAACUGCGAUCAAUCAUAUUAAUUGAUAUUGAAUAUGAAUUAAUAGAACCCAUCUUCGACGACUUACAAAAUCUACCACAAUUACGUUCUCUCUCAUUUGAUAUUAAAAACAUCAGACACAGAUAUGGAACAUUAAAUGUUGAUUUUCCAAGAAAACUCAAUCAAUUAAAAUUAUUUUUAUCUCGUGUACUUCCACAAAUAUUACCUCGACUAAACUAUAUACAUUUAAAUAACAGCAGUGCUUUAGAAUCAAUCUCACUGCCUCGUCUUCAUCAUUUAAAACUCAAGAAAUGUUCACCUCAUCAAUUGGAAAGAAUUUUUCAACAUGCACCAAAUCUUAGAUCAGUCGAUGUUUCUCUACAAAUUGAUAAACCAUUUUCUCAAGUCAUUCUAUCAUUAUCUCGAUUAAAUCGCUUAAAUAUAUCCAUUGAUAAUUAUUUAGUAUCAAUGAACCAAAUGGAACGAUUACUACAGAAUUUUCCGUAUCUCCAACAUCUCGAACUACACGCCAGUGGUAGAAAUCUUGUCGAUGGGCAACGCUGGCAAAAUUUAACUAAAAAUCUUAUAACAUUCAUUUUCAAAUUCAAUACUAAUUUUGACUUAAAUAAACGAAUUCUUCAUUCAUUUCGUACAUCGUAUUGGCUCGAAGAAAAAUGUUGGUUUGUCACAUAUCAGAAUAAUUGUAUAUUUUCAGUACCUCUUACGGCACCAAAUCAUGUUAGCAUAUCUUCUUAUACACAUUUAUAUUCUACAGCACCUGAUAUAAAAUAUGCCAAUGAGAAUAUAACAAAACUCACUGUCGAAGGAGUUCCUAUUGACAAUAAAAUUCGAUACACACAUAUCGAAGUAUUGGAUCUUCGAACCUCGAUUUCAACCGAAGAGCUAAGAUGUGUUAUUGAUUUACAACAAGUGAAACAUUUAUGUAUAUUAUCAUUGGUUGAUCUACUAAAACUUAUGCCAUUUGAACGAUCAUUGCCUUGUACAUGUAAAUUAACAGUUUUAAAUGAACUAACAAUGGAUACAGUUAAAUACAUGAGAUCGUAUCGAUUCGAACAAAUUCGUCAUCUUGAUAUAAAUCUUAGUUAUGAAAAUAAAAACUAUAUUGUCAAAGAAAUUGUUGGAAUGUUUCCAUUUAUUGAACAAAUUUUAUAUCGAAAUUACAUUCAUUCAAUCCGAGACGCAUUUCGUUUUGUUGCUGGAUUCGAAUAUUUACGAAUUGCAAAUUUUUAUACAUAUUUUAUAUUUUCUAAUAUUGAACGAACUAUUGAUCCUUAUCUAGAAUUUCCUAUUGAUGUUUCUUGGCAAUAUCUCGAAGAAAAUAAUUUCCUAUAUCAAGUUCGUUCGUCAUCCAAUUGUAGAUCAAUUGGUCAAUCGGUUAAAGCUUCAAUGUUUCAAUCUUCAGAAAAUAUACACGGAUUACAACAAAUCCAAUAUCUUUGGUAUCAAUUAGCAUAUUUUUCAUUUGGAAAUGCACAACCAUCAUUAACGAUCUUAGCAAAUCUAUUUAAAGGUUCAUUAGAAUCUUUGACAACAUAA